ACAGCUACCCGCGAAAUAUACGUCAUAGACAUUUUCGCGCCACUGCAGUAACCCACAGACGCGUUGGCAGAAAGAUCUACUCUCCACAAUGUCUUCUCCUAUGUCAACUCCUGGCCGCAAAAGAGGGAGGAGCACUAACCCGUCCACACCCAGCAGCGAUGGCCACGCCUCAUCUCCGGCGUCUCAGCGGCGCCGGGCUCUUGACUCGUCCGCGGUGGACCUGAUGCCCAUGCCCACCUCGCCCGCUACCGACCUGCUCAGCCCGGCGGCGCCGCAGGACAUUUCGCUCUUCUCCAGCCCUCGAGCUUCAGUCCUUCCCAACGACGUGGACAUGAGCUCCCCUCUCAUGUACGGGACCCCUCGAAGCAGCAUCCGGGGCACCCCGGUCCGCCAGCGUCCCGAUCUGGGCUCGGUGAGGAAGGCCCCUCAGGUCGAGCUUCAAUCCGAGCCGCCGAGUGGCGAGGGUGGGCUCGCCAGCGAGGCCAACGCUGGUCAGAGGCUGGUCAUCUGGGGGACUGACGUCAACGUGGGAACCUGCAAGGAGAAGUUUCAGAGGUUCUUGCAGAGGUUCGUGGACCCUACUUGCACAGACGACGAAAACGCCGGUUUGGACCUCAACGAGCCCCUCUACAUGCAGAAGCUGGAAGAGAUCAGUGUAGUCGGAGACCCCGUCCUCAACGUCAGUUGCAGCCACGUGCGAGCCUUCGACGCAGAACUUUACAGGCAGCUCAUCAGCUACCCGCAGGAAGUCAUCCCCACCUUCGACAUGGCCGUCAGCGAGCUCUUCUUCGAGCGUUUCCCGGACUCCAACCUGGACUACCAGAUCCAGGUGCGGCCCUACAGUGCGAUGAAAACUCGCAACAUGAGGAGCCUGAACCCAGAAGACAUCGACCAGCUGAUCACCGUCUGCGGCAUGGUGAUUCGCACCUCGCAGCUCAUCCCCGAGAUGCAGGAGGCCUUCUUCCAGUGUCAGGUGUGCGCCUUCAGCACGCGCGUGGAGGUGGACCGCGGGCGCAUCGCCGAGCCGGCCGUCUGCCGCCACUGCAACACCACCCACAGCCUGGCGCUCAUUCACAACCGCUCGGUUUUCUCCGACAAGCAGAUGAUCAAAAUUCAGGAGUCGCCCGAAGACAUGCCGGCGGGACAGACGCCGCACACCACUGCCGUUUACGCGCACAACGACCUGGUGGACAAAGUGCAGCCCGGGGACAGAGUCAACGUCACUGGCAUCUACCGGGCGGUGCCCAUGCGGGUCAACCCGCUGCAGAGCAACGUGAAGGCGGUGUACAAAACGCACAUCGACGCCAUCCACUUUCGCAAGACGGACGAGAAGCGCCUCCACGGCCUGGACGAAGAGGCCGAGCAGAAGCUCUUCACCGAGGACCGCGUGCAGAUCCUCAAGGAGCUCGCGGCCAAGCCGGACGUUUACGAGCGCCUCGCCGCCGCCCUGGCGCCCAGCAUCUACGAGCAUGAGGACAUCAAAAAGGGCAUCCUUCUGCAGCUAUUCGGCGGCACCCGCAAGGACUUCAGCCAGACGGGUCGCGGCAACUUCCGCGCCGAGGUCAACAUCCUGCUGUGCGGCGACCCGGGCACCAGCAAGUCUCAGCUGCUGCAGUACGUGUACAACCUGGUGCCUCGAGGCCAAUACACGUCCGGGAAGGGCUCCAGCGCCGUAGGCCUCACCGCUUACGUGAUGAAGGACCCGGAGACGCGGCAGCUGGUGCUGCAGACCGGCGCGCUGGUGCUGAGCGACAACGGCAUCUGCUGCAUCGACGAGUUCGACAAGAUGAGCGACAGCACGCGCUCGGUGCUCCACGAGGUCAUGGAGCAGCAGACGCUCUCCAUCGCCAAGGCGGGGAUCAUUUGCCAACUGAACGCCCGCACCGCCGUGCUGGCCGCCGCCAACCCCGUGGAGUCGCAGUGGAACCCCAAGAAGACUACCAUCGAGAACAUCCAGCUGCCUCACACGUUGCUCUCCAGAUUCGACCUGAUUUUCCUAAUGCUGGACCCGCAAGACGAGGCCUACGACCGGCGGCUGGCCCACCACCUGGUGUCGCUGUACUACCAGAGUGAGGAGCAGAUGGAGGAGGAGUUCCUGGACAUGGCCCUGCUCAAGGACUACAUCGCCUACGCCCGCACUUACAUCGCCCCUCGACUCAACGAGGAGGCCAGUCAGGCCCUCAUUGAGGCCUACGUGGACAUGAGGAAGAUAGGCAGCGGCAGGGGAAUGGUUUCGGCCUACCCCCGACAAUUGGAGUCCCUGAUCCGCUUGGCCGAGGCCCACGCCAAGGUGCGCUUCUCCGAGAAGGUGGAGGCCAUCGACGUGGAGGAGGCCAAGAGGCUGCACAGGGAGGCCCUCAAGCAGUCGGCCACCGACCCCAGGACCGGAUUCGUGGACAUCUCCAUCCUCACCACAGGCAUGAGUGCCACAGCCCGAAAGCGAAAGGAGGAGGUGGCCCAGGCCCUCAAGAAACUGAUCCAGGCCAAGGGGAAGAUGCACGCCAUCAAGUACCAGCAGCUGCUCGACGACCUCAGAGGACAGUCAGAAACUGCUGUGACCAAGGAGUUGUUCGACGAGGCGCUGCGGGCCCUCGCCGACGAGGAUUUCCUGACGGUCACUGGAAAGACGGUCCGACUCCUCGCCUGAAACGUCGCCAGACUUCGUGUACAGUUUCCUUUCAAAUGUGUAUUCUUUUGUACUGUUAAAAAAUAUAUAUAUUGAAACAUGUCUCUUUUGGGUGUUUAAAAUAUUGCAAAUUUUCACAUUUCUGACACUUUGGUUUCAAAAAAGUAAUUUAGAGCAAAUGCUUUGAAAAUGUAUUUAUCUACCGUCUGUUUUCUUUCUAUUUGUUUGUAUUAAAGCAAAAGCCAAUAAAAAGCUGCCAAUUGGA